ACGCACGAAGCCCAUCGGACUUGAGGUGACAUUGGUUUGCACACAGUACUUGGCAUAAAACCAUCGCAGGUCGUUUGUAUCGUGCCCAGGCAUAUGGGUGUUGCAUCAACACCCCUUCACCACGACUCCCACCCUCCGAACCUCGUCUCCCACCGCCAUCGGCUGUGCUUAUAGUAGCUGCCCGCCAUGCCACCCACGCACCGUCUCGUUUCUGCCUCUCUCGUCUUCACAUCGCCCUCCAAACCGAGGAUAAUCCCUGGACCUAGGCGCCCCCUCUACCGUUGUCGCAUGGCCAGUACUUCUGUUUUUGGCCUGAAGGAGUCGUCUUUGAUCCAUAACCAAGCAUACAUCGACGGAAAGUGGGUUGACGCGAAGGAGGGCGGGGUCAUCAAGGUUACCAAUCCCGCCACAACAGAGGAGCUCGGGACGGUGCCGGAGCUGGGACUAGAGGAAACCAAGCAGGCUAUUGACGCAGCUUCGAAGGCGUUCAAGACAUGGAGCAAGACCACUGCAAAGACACGGCAUGAUAUCCUCAUGAAAUGGUAUGCGCUUAUGUGCGAACACUCGGAUGACCUCGCACGCCUCAUCACUUUGGAGAACGGGAAGCCCUUCGCUGAAGCCAAAGGCGAAAACGCGUAUAGUGCAUCGUUUAUCGAGUGGUUUGCUGAGGAGGCAGUUCGGACGUACGGCGAGGUCGUUCCUUCGGCGUUCAUGAACAUACGCAAUGUCGUAGUGAAGCAACCUAUCGGUGUUGUGUCAAUCUUGACGCCUUGGAACUUCCCCUCGGCUAUGAUCACCCGCAAGCUCGGCGCUGCCCUCGCAGCAGGCUGCACCGCCGUCAUCAAACCCCCACCGGAAACACCCUUUUCUGCCCUCGCGCUUGUCGAGCUUGCGACCCGCGCUGGCGUACCGCCUGGAGUCAUCAAUGUCGUGACUACCCAGGCAAACGUGAACGAGGUCGGGCGGGAGAUGUGCCAGAAUGCGGCCGUCAAGAAAGUCUCGUUCACUGGUAGUACCCCUGUAGCAAAGAUACUCUAUGGACUCGCCUCGACCACACUCAAGAAGGUCUCCAUCGAGGCCGGCGGCAAUGCGCCGUUCAUCGUUUUCGACGAUGCUGACAUUGAUGCGGCUGUCGAGGGCGCCAUUGCAAGCAAGUUCCGUGGUACAGGCCAGACAUGUGUGUGCGCGAACCGCAUCUACGUCCAGUCCUCUGUCUACGCAGAGUUCGCUUCACGUCUCGCCGAGAAGGUCGCUGCGUUCAAGGUCGGAAACGGCCUCGACAAAGAUACCACCCACGGGCCCCUGAUACAUGAGCGCGCGAUCGAGAAGGUCCAGAAGCACGUCGAUGAUGCGCUCCAGCAAGGCGCCCAGGUCCUCUUGGGCGGUAAGCGUCUCCCGGGCAUAGGCUCGUUCUUCGCGCCCACCGUCUUGUCGGACGUCCCUUCCACCGCGCUCGUGAACCAAGAGGAGACAUUUGGGCCCCUGGCAGCGCUCACGAAGUUCGAAACUGAGGAAGAGGUUCUUCGGAUGGCGAACGACACCCCCGUUGGGCUCGCCGGUUACUUCUACUCUCGGGACGUGGGAAGGGUCUGGCGCGUCGCGGAGGCGCUUGAGGUUGGGAUGGUUGGGACGAAUACGGGCUUGAUAAGCCAGGCGGUCAUUCCGUUCGGUGGGAUCAAGGAGAGUGGGCUCGGUCGCGAGGGCGGACACGGCAUUGAGGAGUACAUGAACAUGAAGUUCAUCGCGUUUGGUGGCUUGUGAGAGAUGAAGCGCAGUAAAGGAUAAAUGCAGCAUAUGAUCAA